AUGAUGCUUAACAAAAUUAUGUUUCUUCCGUUUUUUAUCACCUCAUCAUUACUACUAGUCAGUGCUUUGACAGAAGACAAGUAUUAUUCAUCUGAACCUAUUUCUGUAGUUUGUAAACCAUGUGCAGUUCCAUCAAGUAGUUUUGUUAUCUGGCUACCAGCUUCUCGACCACCAUGUUUGCAUCCAGGUCAACCUAUAAUUCAUUGGCCUGAUUCCUCUUCUUCUGAUAUUACUUCUUGUCCUAUUCCUGGAUUUCCGGACUCUAUCCAAUCCUCUCAACUCUCACUUCUUGAUGAUGGUCUACUUUUGACCAAAGAGAGAGUUUGUUUCUUUGAUGGACCAAUUGACUUUCACUAUAAUUAUGUUUGUGAUGGACAAAUUUAUCAGUCAAAAAUGAGGAUUGGGCAUUCUGUUGCUUCAAUGAAGAAACUCGAAAUCCGAAGAACAAAAAGAUGGGCUCGAAGAAGGAACCCAGACGCAAACGCAGUGCAUUUUCAGCAAGAAAAAUACGUAAAAGAGCUGCCAGAAGAUACACCAAUAGAAACCGUAAUUGCAUCUGUAAAAGCGUCUCAUGCAUCUUCCCAACCUCUCUACUACUCCAUGGUUGCUCCUCAAGAUUCAAGAUCUCAAAACUUGUUCACUCUGGAUACGAUGAGUGGAGAGAUUCGACUGGCAAAAAGUAUGGAUCGAGAAGUACUGGAUAAGCAUAUUCUCAAGGUGACAGCCUACGAGAGAGUCGAUCCAACGAUAUCUGCGAGUACUACGGUCGUCGUUCACGUCCUAGAUGUCCAAGACAAUAGUCCCAUUUUCGAAAAGGAUUCUUAUUUUGGAGAAAUCCGCGAAGAUGCUCCGAUUGGUACUACUGUUCUCUCCGUAUUUGCAAGAGACUUGGAUUCUGAAGAAAAUGGAGAAGUCGAGUAUUCUCUGGGUGAAGGAAAUGGAAAGAAUCUGUUGGCCAUCAAUUCCAAAAGUGGAGUUAUUCAAACAGCGGCUCCUUUGGAUCGAGAAACUCUCUCUUUGAUUCGAUUGGAUGUGAUAGCAAGUGAUAAAGGGAUUCCAAAGAAAGAAUCAAAAGCUCUCGUGGAGAUUACUGUACUUGAUGUCAAUGAUAAUGCGCCAGUAUUUGCAUCUGAUUCUUACAUCACCAUCUUGGAGAACAUCACCCUCCCUACCGUUAUAGCAACAGUGAAAGCUACAGAUGAAGACUUUGGAACCAAUGGAAAAGUUCAUUAUUCUAUGGCUUCAUCUUCUGGAAUCGGUGGACUUACCAUUGAUUAUUCAUCUGGAGAAGUGACUCUUCGAGAAAGAAUCGAUGCCAAAAACUCCCCAAUAACAGCAAUAAUUCGAGCAAAAGAUGGUGCACAACCUGCACUUUCAAGCACUGUUUCACUCACAAUCCAUGUGGUUGAUAUCAAUGAUCAUGCUCCUACUCUGAUUGCUGCGCAGAAGAUGAUUACACUUGAAGAGAAUGUAGCAAUUGGAGAAGAAGUUGGAAGAGUUUAUGCCAUUGAUGAAGAUUCUGGACCAAACGGAAUCAUUAGAUAUUCUAUUGAAGGAUCAGAAGAUUUCAUCAUCGAUGAGGAUAGCGGUGUUAUCAAAACGACUAAACUUCUUGAUCGAGAAACGACUGCUAGAUACAGUCUGAAGGUAACUGCUAGAGAUAUGGGAACUCCUCCUUUGAAUACCUCUACUACAAUGACAGUGGUUUUGAAAGACAUCAAUGACAACGCUCCGAUAUUCGACAAAAAAGAAUAUAAUGUGACGAUUUCUGAAGAGAUGCCACGUGGAAGUCAGAUCAUCAAAUGGAAAGCAGUGGAUAACGACGAGGAUCAGAAGAUCACUUACCGUAUCGAGGAGGCUGACAGAGAUGUGUUCAGUAUUCUGGAUAUAGGAGAUCAGGGAGCAAUUUUAAGUGUAUCGGGGCAGUUGAACAAACAAGAUCACAAAAUAAGAGUGGAAGUAUCAGCAACUGAUCAAGGAGGUCUACAAGGAAGAUGUGUUGUCAAUGUCUUUAUUGAUGAUGUUAACUCGGCUCCGUAUUUUAAUGACCAUCCAUUUUCGGUGAAAAUUCCAGAACAUUCUCCGAUUGGAUAUCCUGUUAUCAGCAUGAAGGUUUGUGAUUUUGCUAAUGGUUUUCGAUUUAUUUCUAAACUUUUUCCAGCUGAAGACCAUGAUCGUGGAGAUAACGCUCGUUUGGUUUAUUCAAUUGAUUCUAAUCAGUUCUUCAAAAUAGAUCCUUCAUCUGGUGAUAUUUCCGUUGCUUCUGAUCUUGACCGCGAAGAUCGUGCCACGUUUUCCGUCAUCGUGACAGCUUCAGACCACGCCACUCCACCGCUUAACACAUCAACACAAAUCGAAGUGAUUCUGGAUGACAUAAACGACAAUGCUCCACAAUUCACGUCUUCAAGCUACGCUGCCACCAUUUCAGAAGAUAUUCCAGUUGGAACUUCCUUCCUUCAGGUAUCAGCGAUAGACGCUGACAUUGGUUCAAAUGGAAUCGUCGACUACUUCCUAAACGAAUCUUCCUCAUCUCCAGCUAUUCAUCUUUUUCGACUUGACAGAACUUCAGGAACUCUUCGUGUCAGCUCAAAACUUGAUCGAGAACAGUUUGCAGUAAUUUUACUCCCUAUAUUUGCAAGGGAUCGUGGAACACCGUCACUCUCGGCUUCUUCUGAAAUCACAUUGACACUUUCUGAUGUGAAUGACAAUGCCCCUUCGUUUGAACAACUUUCCUAUGAUCUAUAUAUUGCUGAAAAUGCUCCAGCUGGGUCUACAGUAGGAACAAUUGUGGCAAGAGAUGCUGAUGAGGGAGAGAAUUCUGACAUUUCUUUCCGAAUUUUCGGAGGAACAGAUGCAAAACUCUUUGAUAUUGAAGAAGACGCUGAACAAAAUGGAGUUGUGCGAAUUCUCACUCGUGCUGAAUUUGACUACGAAGCCAAAUCCAACAAGUUCUUUUUUGAACUCCAAGCCAGCAGUGGACAACUUUCGUCAACAGUUCCCGUUCGGAUCCACGUAUCAGAUGUGAACGACAAUAAACCAGUUCUGAAGGAUUUUGUGAUCCUCAUGAACCGAUUUGAUAAUGUUCAAAUGGCUAAACAAAUCGGAUUCAUCCCAUCGUUUGACCCAGAUCAAAAUGCAACUCUCGAAUAUUUUUUGGAGGAAAACGAUUUGAUAGAAGCUGAAAAGUACACUGGAAAAAUUCUAGUAAAACAAGAAUGGAAACGAAACAUGGAUGUUUCAUUCAAAACAUGUGUUUCUGACGGUGCCAAUACUGAAUGUGCUACAUGUAGAUUUAUCCAUGUUCUCGUGGAACCAGACUGGUUGGCUGAAAGUUUUACGUUGAGUCUUGCCAGGAUGACUGUCGAUGAUUUCUGGGAUCCAUUGGUGUUCCAGAGAUUCAGAGAUGCGAUGUCUACGUUGAGUAAUUGGAAACCAUCUGACAUCCAUGUCAUUGGUGUCAAGCAGCACCUUGAUGACGUCAUCUAUAUUAAUUUGGCAAUUACGGACCACGGAAGGGUUGUACGAGGUUGGAGGGCAAUCGAGUUGGUGAAAGAAUCGAUCAAGAAGUUGGAGAAGAUGACAUUGUUGCAAGUUGAAGUGAUCCGAGAUGAAUCUUGUGCGAAUGAGCCAUGUUCCCAUAUGGCAAAGUGUCGACAAACUCAGAAGUUUGUGGGAGAAAUGAAGGCUCAUGAGACUGACAACUUCAUUGCUCGAACCCUAAACACCGUCAACACUUUCGUCUGCGAAUGUCCUUCUGGAUUCACAAGUUCGGAUGGUCGUGGAGAAUGCGACACACGUCUUGAUGAAUGUUACCGUGGCAGGUGCUCCAAUAAUUCGACUUGUGUCGCCUACGAGAACACAUAUCGCUGCGAGUGUAAGCCUGGUUGGAUAGGUCGUCACUGUGAAAUAUCAGUGCAUGCUCUAACAUGUGUUCCUGGAUACUGUAUGUCAGAUUCUCUCUGUGAAUUGGAAGGCAAUCGAAUGAGAUGUCGUCACUGUAAAUACCAAGGAGAGGAUACAGAUGAAAGAUGUCGGUUGAGAAGUGUAUCUUUCGAAGGAGAAGGCAUCCUCAAUGUAAACCUAGACUUGCCACGUACUCAAUGGACCAUGAAGUUCAGAAUAUCAACAAUUGCACACGACGGUGUUUUGGUAUUCACGGGAGACAAAAGAAGCGACUUUGUCGAAGUUUCCAUUGUAGAUCGAGUUCUAAAGGUUCAAUUCUCAUUGGGCGGGGAAAAAGCUGAUGCAAAAAUGGAGAAUGAUGUGGAGAAUCGGGUGAAUGAUGGUGAAUGGCAUACUGUAACUGUUGAGUUCUCUAAUAAGCAAAUAACGAUGUCACUUGAUGAUUGUGAAACUCAUCCAUCACUUCUUCUGAAUUCAUCUCCAAAUUGUGCUGUUCGUGCAAAACUGAAUCUAGAGAAAAAAUGUGAAGAUCCAACUGUCCCAUGUUAUCGUUAUAUGGAUGUAUCAAACGGUUUAUUCCUUGGAGGAAGACCGGGAACUUCCAAGCAGAUUGAGAAGGCCUUCUCCGGAUGUAUAUCUGAUUUAUCUGUUGACAAAGAAGACGUGGAUUUCUCAACUAUAAAAGAAAUGCACAAAGUGGGUCAUGUUCAUGAAGGAUGUCGCCAACGUCGAGACUUCUGCUCAUCUUCGGAUGGACAAUGUUCAGCUACAACAAAAUGUUCGAACCGUUGGGGUGGACGUAUUUGCAGUUGUCCUCAGGCGGUUCAUUCACUUGGAGAAUGUAUUGUUCCUGUUGGAAAUCAAGAUCUUCGUGGUCAUUCUCUAUUCGAGGAGGAAUCUUUUGUUCUAUAUCAACCUGCUCAAGUAUCCGUUCCAUUUGAAGUCUCAUUUGAAUUCCGAUCUUCCCGAGCUGAUAUGCAAGUUUUCGCACUGGAAUUCACUCAAAGAAGCGUUCACUACAAUCUUGAAAUUGACGAUGGAACACUGAAAUACAAUAUUGGAGACUCUUCAGUCGAACUUCCAUCUCCUGAAAUCACUUCAAAACAUUGGAUGAAUGUUGUCGUGAAAUUCGAAGCUGAUUCAGUGGCAACAAGUAUUAAUGGAAUUUAUUCGGCAGAGGCUAAAACUUCAAUCGCAGAUAUGAAUUUGGAAAGUCUGUAUUAUGGAAUCGCCCCAGGAACAGGACAUCCAUCUCGAUUUGAAGGAUGUAUUCGAAAUGUGAUGGUUGAUGGAAGACCAGUUUCUGUUAAGAAGAAGGGAAAGACUAGAGCUGGAUGCGUUGUACCAAACCGAUGUUCCGUCGAUUCAAUCUGUCCAUCAGACAGAGAUACGUGUCUUCCAGUAUGUUCUGUAGCUAAUGUGUGUUCGUCUGGAACUUGUGUUGCCUCAAAUACAACAACCGGAUACGAAUGCAUUUGCCCGCCAGGAAGAACCGGAAAGAAUUGUCAGCUGGAAGCUCCCAAACAGAUUUGUCCAUCCGGAUGGUGGGGUACUUUCCCUCGAUGUCGAAGAUGUGCAUGCUCACAAUCGAAAGGUUAUGAAUCACAAUGCGACAAGAAGACUGGAGCUUGUUUGUGCAAAAAGAGUCAUUUCUCGACAAUCAAUGGAUGUGUAAAAUGUGAAUGUGGAUCCGGAUCAGAGAGUACAGAAUGCUCUUCUGAUGGGUAUUGCAAAUGUAAUGGAGAUUCUGUUGGAAGACGUUGUGAUAGAUGUUCAAGAUAUGAUCAUCAACUCGACUCAAAAACGUUGAAAUGUAGACCAGUAGCCGGAAAAUGUCCAUCAGAAAUAGAAUAUAGCAUUCAAUGGCCAAUAAGUCAAAAAGGAUCAAUUGUGAGACAGUCUUGUCCAAUUGGAGAAAGUGGCCUGGCUACAAGGAAAUGUCUGGAAACAGGAAGAUGGUCAGAUGUGAACGCAUGGAAUUGUACUCGCCCAGAAUACUCGAUUAUGGUCAACAAAUUCGAUAUUUUGGAGCCUGCAAAACUUUUGACAAUGGUAUCAAAUGCAACAAAUACAGAAUCAUCGAUCCGUGGAAGGAAUCAACAAAUCGCCGCAGAAGCAUUGAGUAGAUUAGUUGAUCAUGAACAAAUGAUUCCGCUAAAAGGAAGAGCACAUAUCAAGGAUAUGACAUUCACGGAAAGAUUAAUUGAAGCAUUGGGAAGAGUUAUGAGUGAACAACCAGCUGAUGAGUAUUCGACAAUGAUCGCAAAACUGUGGAGUUAUGCUGAAACUGUAGCCGAAACACACGAAAGUGUUUCUUUUUUGUCUCCAUUCUUUGUUACCAAUGAUCACAUUGUUUUCGCUUCUGACAAACUUGACUUUGGAAAUAUGCUUCCGAAGUUUAACAACUUCGUGGAUCUUCGUCCAACUGGAUUCCCUAGAGUUCGUGCAAUUGUCACAGGAACCACUCAAGUAGUCUACUCCAUCGUACCGUAUCCAAGAUGCGAUCGAUGUGAGAAUCCAAUGAUCGCAGUUGUUGCCAAUACUACUGACCCAAUUAUUGUGGAGUUUGAAAUCGAUGAAGAUGAUGGAUGGAAGUAUCCGGAAUGUGUUCGAUUUGAUGAUCAAUCUGGAGCAUGGACUAAUCGUGGAGCAUCCUUGAUCGGUUUAAAUCUCACUCAUGCUGCUUGUGAAUACGAUCGAAUUGGAGUAUUCACCAUGUUUGUGAAUGAUCAUUCGAACUCUAUUGUACGAGUUGCUCAAAUCGAUGACAUGACAUCUCCAGCAAUCGCGGGUGUUGCUCUCUUCCUCUGCUUCCUCUCCAUUCUUCUGACUAUUUCAAGAAAAAGUCUAAAAACGCAUUCAGUUCGAAUUGGAUUCAUUCUUUUCUUUGCCAUCAACGUUUUGAAUUUGUUCUUCGUUCAUAAGACAGCUAUCAAUCAAGCAUUCUGCCCAGUCCGUAAUGCAAUGCUAUCAUUCACUUCAUCAUCUCCAUUCGCCUGGCUCUUCUUGUAUGGAUUAUACAUCUACAGAAUGUUGGCUGAUGGAUCUUCUUCUCCAAGUGUCGCUACAUCUCUGCUCGUUGGAAUCGUUUUCCCUUGUAUCAUCUCGUUCACCACUUUCUUCUUCACUGAUACCUGCUCUCUUUCUCCGCAUCUUUGGCUCUUCUGGUUCAUUGUUUUACCUAUUGGUUUAUUUCUUCUACUAUCAUUCUAUGCUGCCUCCACAUCAGUUCUUGUCAGUCUUCAUAAGAAAUACGAUGUCUUCGUCGCAAAAUAUAAUGUGAAGAAAGCAGUUUUCCAACAUUUCGUUUUGACUCUUUUCACUUUGGUAAUGACUUUAUCUGGAUUAUUCGCCAAUCAACUUCCCCUACCAAUGGAGAUUGUGGAAAUUUCCCAAUCCGUAAUCUACUUGAUAGCUUCAAUCGUGAUAUUCCUAUGGUGCAUCUGUGACAUGACCUCGAAAUCGACAGAUUCUAACCCUAAUAUGUGGCUGGAUACUCAGAAAUCAGUGAUGGCUGAAUCCACAAUGGCAGAUCCACAGUGUGCUUCUCCAUUACUGUCACCUCAAAACCACCAUCACGAUGCUGGAGUUGAUCCUGAUUGGAUGCCAGAUGUGAUUCCAAAUAAUCAUCAUUUGUCAUCGAUCAACGAGCCAGAUACUCCACGACGUCAACUUCAGCCUCAGAACCGAGAAGUCAUUAAUAUUCUCUCAUCACCUGAUAAGAUUCUGAACGAAGGAAUCGGUCACGUAUACCGUAAUAACAUGGGAUCACUCCCACGUCUCCGGAGUGAGCAAGACGAAGCUGAUGAUGCAUAUUAUACUUAUACGGCAUCCAGAAGAUACAAAAAUACAACUUCUACUUUUAAUCGAGAAUAG